AAAUUCCCUUGUGCAAUCUUAUUUCCUUUGUGUGCAACUGCUAAACUCCUUCACCAGAACGGAGAAUCCUCCAGCGACCGAAGGGCACACUGGGAGAGGAGAAAAAGCACCACAUCGGCGCCCAAACCAGAUAAAACUUGGCGCUGGUGAGUUGGUGGAUCGGCCCUAAAUGGCGGCGGCUGACAUUGAUCAGCUGUGCUGAGAGAGGAAGGAACCCGAGACUCUACUAAAGGAAGGACCUGCUCGAUGAUCCUGCGAAGUACGUCAUGGCUUCAGCGUCCAUCCUCAAGUGGUUCCCGGGCACGCUGUACAACUCGGCGCUGAAUGUGGUUGUGAUGCAGUACAAGGCAGUGAGUCACGAGCUCAGGAUUUUCCCUCCGCCAGUGCACUUCGAUGUUCUCUAUAAGCUUUACAAAUGUGGGUGUUUGUUGGAGUUGCGUGGAGAACUCUGCGACCUGGAUGUUCUCACACGCAUGCUCAAGGUGGUGGACAAGAGGCAUCUCUUGCACCAUUGCUUCCAGGCCUUGAUGGACCAAGCACUUGCAGAUCACAGCACCAAAAUAUCCACAGUAUUAUCACAAACAUAUGUGCAAAGAUGUAACCAGGUGUCUUCUGAACAGCAGCAGAUAGAUAACUUAGUACUGCAAGGAUUGGCUGUAUCUUCAUUCCUUGCUGAGGCUGGCUGGCUCCCAGAUGCUGAGAACAUCCUGACAGCCUGCCAGGCACUUUUAGCUGACUCAGAAAUUCCUCAGCAAAUGACUCGCUCUCUUGAAUGCUGCCACAGACUUCUACAUGUGCAGAAUGGGUACUGCAGAUUUGAGGAAGCUGAAAGAACCUACAACCAAGCAAUGCAGUUGGUGAAGCGUUUACAGUCAGCUGGUGCCACUCCCAAUCUUUCCUCAUUAUAUUCAGAGUUUUCAACUUUGUACAUGCUAAGGUCAAACUAUGCUGAGGCAUAUAGCUGGAGUGUAAAAGCCCUUCAGGAGUUAGUUCCCAAUUUCCCCAAACCACCUCUCAUUGAUGUUUUAAGACAGUCAGCAAAGGCUUGUGUGCUCAAGCGUGAGUUUAAGAAGGCCGGGUUACUUAUCAAACAGGUAAGCAGAAUUUCCUUUUUGAUUUCUUCUUGCAUGUAAUUUUGGCUUUUAUUG